UCAGAACGUAGUCAAAACAUUAUGGCUGCCGAUUGUUGACAGCAUCUCUGUUCGAUUUUUUACAUAAAGUAAAUAAAGCAUAUUAUUUUUAAUACAAAAUACAAUGAGUUGUGUACUUCGAGGUUGUAAAAGUGUAUGGUAUCCAAAUUGUGGUGUGAAAUUUCACGGGUUCCCUAGUGACCCUGACCUGAGGCAAGCUUGGUUAUCUAAAAUACCAUUAAAAUCAAAUUAUUAUAAAUCUGCCAGAAUUUGUAGCCUACACUUUCGAUCUGAACUUGAAGACUAUGAUGUCAAUAGACCUGACCGCUUAUUGAAAUCUGCUAUACCAAAGAUUUGUGGGUGUUGCGAAACAUUGGAAUGUCUUAAUAUUCCUUCAAGCUCACAAGAAACUCCUUGCGCUAAAGCGUCAGCAAUGCCGAUACUUGAAAAAUAUCUCGAUGAAAAUGAACCACCUAAAAAGAAACAAAUUGUGGAAGUGCAAGAAGCUAUCGUUUUACCUGUUUGCUCAUUAUUUAAAAAUAAUAGAAAUAUAUUAAAACCAAUGUUAAAAAGGUUUGAAAUCAGAUGA